UGUACUGAGAUCUGUACAGAGCAGGGCCGCCCCAGAUCAUGUUCCAAGAUAUGCUUAGUCAAGGUGUAUCCUGCAGGCUUCAGAGAAAAAGCAAUCAAGAUGUACACAGUCUUGGAUGAACAGAGUAACAGAUCUCUGGCAAAAACAGAGUUCUUUGACCUCUUCGGUGACAAAGGAAGUCCAACUCCAUACACCCUGAAGACUUGUUCUGGAGUUGUAGAGACAACAGGGAGAAGAGCAAACAACUACAUCAUUGAGUCAUUAGAUGGAAAGACAAAGGUGACUCUUCCUACCCUCAUAGAAUGUGAUGAGAUACCAGACGACAGGUCAGAGAUCCCCACACCUGAAGUUGCUCGUCAUCACCCCCAUCUGGUGCGAAUAGCAGACCAGAUACCAGCACUAGAUCCAGAUGCUGCAAUCAUCCUUCUACUUGGGAGAGAUAUCCUCAAAGUGCACAAAGUCAGAGAACAGUACAAUGGGCCACACGAUGCACCAUUUGCACAACGCCUUGAUCUCGGAUGGGUCAUCGUUGGAGAAGUAUGUCUAGACGGACUCCACAAACCAGAAAAGGUAAAUGUCUACAGAACACAUCUGUUACAGAAUGGUCGUACAUCUUGUCUUUGCCCAUGUACCAACAGUCUACACAUUAAAGAGAGACUUGUAAACCCAACACAUCAUCCGAGUAUCCAGAGGUGCAUGGAAGACUUAGCCUCAACUGGAGAUACAGAUGAACUGGGCUGUAAGGUGUUUGAAAGAACACGAGAUGACGACAAGCUAGCACCCUCGGUGGAAGAUACUCUCUUCCUUGAGAUCAUGGACAGAGAAGUCUUCAGAGACAAAUCAGGCAGCUGGGUAGCCCCUCUACCCUUCCGGUCACCACGCCAUCGCCUUCCUGACAACAAAGUACAAGCAGAGAAACGCUUCACUUCGUUGCAGCACAUGCUACAAAGAAAGUCAAAUAUGAAGAAACACUUCCAAGCCUUCAUGCAGAAGAUCUUUGAUAACGAUCAAGCUGAAAGGGCACCACCACUACAAGAGAACCAAGAACACUGGUACUUACCAAUAUUUGGGGUGUACCAUCCUCAGAAACCAGGCCAGAUACGCGUAGUAUUUGACUCUAGUGCGAAGCACAAAGGCAUCUCACUAAAUGAUGUCCUUCUCAGUGGACCUGACCUGAACAACACACUCCUUGGAGUACUCAUCAGGUUCAGAAAAGAACUCAUAGCAGUGACAGCAGACGUACAACAGAUGUUCUACUGUUUCCUUGUUCGUGAAGAUCACAGAGACUACUUAAGGUUCCUGUGGUAUGCAGACAAUGACUUUAACAAAGAAAUCACAGAGUACAGGAUGAAGGUACAUGUGUUUGGAAACAGCCCUUCUCCAGCUGUAGCUAUCUACAACCUGAGACGAGCAGCACAACAAGGUGAAAGACAUGGUCAAGAAGCCACACAGUUCGUCAUGAAGAACUUCUACGUAGAUGAUGGACUUGCUUCUUUCUCCAGCAACGAAGAAGCUAUCAACGUCCUGAAAAGUACAAGAGAAAUGUUGGCAGAAUCCAACAUAAGACUGAACAAGGUAGCUUCCAACAGCAACAGAGUCAUGGAAGCAUUUCCAAUGGAAGACCGUGCUAAAGACCUCAAAGACUUGGAUCUAGGAACAGAAUCACCACCCUUGCAAAGAAGUCUUGGGAUUAGUUGGGACCUGAAGACUGACAGUUUCACCUUCAGGGUCUCCAGAGAAGAGAAGCCAUUCACAAAAAGAGGUGUCCUAUCUACAGUCAACAGUCUUUACGACCCCCUGGGGUUCGUAGCACCCAUCAUCAUGCAAGGCAAAGCUCUUUUGAGACAGAUCACUACUGAGCAAGAACAAAGUGACUGGGACAUACCUCUACCUGAAGAGAAGGAAAUGCAGUGGAAGUUGUGGAAAGACUCAUUGUUAGAGCUUGAACAACUCAACAUCCCUAGACCAUACGUAUCUGUUUCCUUGUCUGCUACAAAGAGAAGAGAAAUAUGCAUAUUCUCUGACGCCUCCACUAUGGCUAUCGCAUCUGUCGCCUACCUUAGGGUAAUAGACACUGAGGGACAAAGCCAUGUCGGGUUCCUCAUGGGAAAAUCUAAGCUGGCUCCCAGACCGGCUCACACUGUCCCACGUCUAGAACUUUGUGCUGCUGUCUUAGCUGUAGAAAUGGCAGACAUGAUUACAACAGAACUGGACAUCGAGAUCCAUGCAAUGAACUUUUAUACAGACAGCAAGAUUGUGUUAGGAUAUAUUCACAAUGCUUCAAGAAGAUUUUAUACAUACGUGGCCAACAGAGUGACACGUAUCAGAAAGUCUACAAGUCCAGAACAGUGGCAUCACAUCAGCACAGACAAGAACCCAGCUGAUCAUGGGACGAGACUAGUGCCAGCCGCUGCGCUCAAGCAAACUAACUGGUUUGUAGGUCCAUCCUUUCUUCGUAAACCAGAAACCAAAGAAACUACUCAGGUAGAGACCUUUGAGCUCAUAGAACCAGAUCAAGACAAAGAGGUAAGACCUCAAGUGACAGUUUGUAGGACUAUAGUUACAAGAGACAGUCUGGGCGCUCAUAGAUUUGAAAGGUUUUCCAGCUGGAAGUCGCUGACCCGUGCAAUCGGAAAACUUAUCUGUCUAGCCAGAUCCUCCUGCAGAGCUACCAAUACUGAUCAGCGUAGCAAUGACCACCUUGAACAAGCCAAGGUCACGAUCAUCAGAUGCGUCCAACAGGAAGUCUUUAAAGAAGAAAUCCAAGGCCUUCUGAAAAAGGAAGAGAUUUCUCAACACAAUUCACUCAAGGACUUGUACACCAAGCAAUGGAAACAAGUUCAAAGUCUUGCGGACAUUUUCUGGAAGAGGUGGAGACAGGAAUACCUUAUAAUAUUCCAGCCACGCAAGAAAUGGCAAGAUGACAAGCCCAAUUUACAAGUUGGAGACAUUGUCUUACUGAAAGACUCUCAGGCCCACAGGAACGAGUGGCCUAUUGGACUCAUUGUGGGGACUGAUCCUAGUAGUGAUGCUAGAGUUAGAAAGGUUGAAGUUAGGAUUGUUAGACAGGGCAUUCCCAAAGUGUAUGCAAGACCAAUUUCUGAAGUAGUUUUACUCCUGUCCAAGGGUUAGUGGCAUAACAAAAAGUAUGCCAGGUGGGGAGUGUGCUGCCUUCGCAAUGUAUUUUACAUGCUUGGCACUCAGCAGGGUCUGUUCCUUUAAGACCCUCCAUUUUCUUGAAGCCUAGAGGCGGGCCUUCUCUCUAAAACAUAGGGCUAGCUCCGGCAUGUCUCAUUCAUUCCAGCUCCAGCCACCACAGUGACCAGAUCCACAGGACUUCUUAAAGCUAAUACAGACUGCAAAUCUGAUAAAUACCAAAGCCUUUUUACCGCACUUUCAUUAUAUCUCAGUAAAGAUUACAUCAGUUAAGCAACCAGCGUGUCUUUCCUUGAGAUUCGGUAUAAACUUGAUGUGAAGCUGUGUCCACGAGACAGCGGAGACAUU